GCUACAGCCCUGGGCAGCGGGCACUCGCAGCCUGGUUCCCCCCGAGCGGAGCUGCGGGGCCGGGCCGGGCCGGGGCGGACCCCGGGAUCCCGGACGCGGCCGCCCGGGCCCGCGGGCGGGGGGAUUGGCAGGGGACCCGCGUGGGCACAGCCACCAUGGAGUUCCGGCAGGAGGAGUUUCGGAAGCUGGCGGGGCGCGCCCUGGGGAGGCUGCACCGGUUACUGGAGAAGCGGCAGGAAGGUGCGGAGACAUUGGAGCUGAGCGCCGACGGGCGCCCAGUGACCACGCACACGCGGGACCCGCCUGUGGUGGACUGCACCUGCUUUGGCCUCCCUCGCCGCUAUAUCAUCGCCAUCAUGAGUGGUCUGGGUUUUUGCAUAAGCUUUGGCAUUCGCUGCAACCUGGGCGUGGCCAUCGUGUCCAUGGUCAACAACAGCACAACCCACCGCGGGGGCCACGUGGUGGUGCAGAAAGCCCAGUUCAACUGGGACCCAGAGACUGUCGGCCUCAUACAUGGCUCCUUUUUCUGGGGCUACAUUGUCACUCAGAUUCCUGGAGGAUUUAUCUGCCAAAAAUUCGCAGCCAACAGGGUCUUUGGCUUUGCCAUUGUGGCUACCUCCACCCUAAACAUGUUGAUCCCUUCAGCAGCCCGUGUUCACUAUGGCUGUGUCAUCUUCGUGAGGAUCCUUCAGGGAUUGGUGGAGGGGGUCACAUACCCUGCUUGCCACGGGAUCUGGAGCAAAUGGGCCCCUCCCCUAGAACGGAGCCGGCUGGCGACAACAGCCUUUUGCGGUUCCUAUGCUGGGGCAGUGGUUGCCAUGCCCCUGGCUGGGGUCCUGGUGCAGUACUCAGGAUGGAGUUCUGUCUUCUAUGUCUAUGGCAGCUUCGGGAUCUUUUGGUACUUGUUCUGGUUGCUUGUCUCCUACGAGUCACCUGCACUGCACCCCAGCAUCUCCGAGGAGGAGCGCAAAUACAUCGAGGAUGCCAUCGGAGAAAGCGCUAAGCUCAUGAACCCUGUUACGAAGUUUAACACACCCUGGAGGCGCUUCUUUACGUCCAUGCCUGUCUACGCCAUCAUCGUCGCCAACUUUUGCCGCAGCUGGACCUUCUACCUGCUCCUCAUCUCCCAGCCCGCCUACUUUGAAGAGGUGUUCGGCUUUGAGAUCAGCAAGGUGGGGCUGGUGUCGGCUCUGCCUCACCUUGUCAUGACCAUCAUCGUACCCAUCGGAGGCCAGAUCGCCGACUUUCUGCGCAGUCGUCAUAUAAUGUCCACGACCAAUGUGCGAAAGCUGAUGAACUGCGGGGGUUUCGGGAUGGAAGCCACACUGCUGCUGGUGGUCGGAUACUCACACUCCAAGGGCGUGGCCAUCUCCUUCCUGGUCCUGGCUGUGGGCUUCAGUGGCUUUGCCAUCUCUGGGUUUAACGUGAACCACUUGGACAUUGCUCCUCGAUAUGCCAGCAUCUUGAUGGGCAUUUCCAACGGCGUAGGCACACUGUCGGGGAUGGUGUGCCCCAUCAUCGUGGGCGCAAUGACAAAGCACAAGACGCGGGAGGAGUGGCAGUACGUGUUUCUCAUAGCCUCCCUGGUGCACUAUGGAGGUGUCAUCUUCUAUGGAGUCUUUGCUUCGGGAGAGAAGCAGCCGUGGGCAGAGCCGGAGGAGAUGAGCGAAGAGAAGUGUGGCUUUGUUGGCCACGACCAGCUGGCUGGCAGUGACGAAAGUGAAAUGGAAGACGAGGCUGAGCCGCCGGGGGCACCGCCCGCGCCCCCUCCUUCCUACGGGGCCACACACAGCACAGUUCAGCCUCCGAGGCCCCCACCCCCUGUCCGGGACUACUGACCACGUGCCUCCCACUGUUGGGCAGUUUCCAGGACCUCCACUCGAUACACCUCCAGCCUGAGCUGCCGUGUCGAGGAGCCCCACUCCUCUCCUGCCUCAGGCUUAAGAUGCAACUCUUCCCUUGUUCCCAGUGCUGUCCGACCAGCCCUCUUUCCUUCUCAACUGCCUCUUGCGGAGGGUGAAGCUGCACACUAGUAGUUUCAAGGAUACCCAAACACCCCUGAAAGUUGUUCUCCGCUUGUUCUGCCUGUGUGGUUUCAAAUCUUCCCUUUCAGAGCUUUAUUUGGAUGGACAGUUCAACCUCUUUCUCUCUUGUGGUUUUGAGGUUUCACCCCUUUUCCCAAGACCCCAGGGAUUCUCAGGCUACCCCGAGGUUAUUCAGGUGGUCCCCUACUCAGAAAACUUCAUGGUAGUCCUCUGUUAGUUCCAAGGCUCGUGUAACCAUUCUGCAUUUUCCAAGUUGGUUUAACCAACCAUCAAUGCCGCCAUUCCCAGGACUGAUUCUCACCAGCGUUUCUGAGGGAAAAUGGCUGUUUCAAGUGUCCCCCCCCCCCCCACUCUUUUCUUCCCUCGUCCCCUUACCAGCACACUUUACCGGGCCUUGUCCUUAGCUUAGUACAAUCAGUGUCCAGGGAAAUGGCCAAAAUGGCUACGCUCACCCUGUGCUCUUUUUCUGACUCAGUUUUCAGGUCUCAGUAGUGGCUGCUCAAAGCUAUUAAUUGGUGGUUCGAGGCCACCUCUUCCUUCCUGUGGUGGUUUCAGGACCUCCCUUUCUUCCCCAAAUCCUUGCACUUUAUUCUCCUGGGUGGUUCCAGACUGCCCCCAGUUUCUCAGUGGCCAUUUGUUGUGUCCCUCAGGGGCUAAACGAUUCCAAAUCUGGGGUGCUUCCCCUCAUAGACACCCCUCUUUUAACGUAGAAAUCUGGGGAGGGGGGAGUAUGUGAGAGAAGUUACAGAAUCCCAGGAAAGGGAGCGGGGCUGGGAGAAGAGGGUUGUUCCUGGGGCAGGGUCGUGUCUUGGUGUCUGUCUCUGUGACGUAAAUCCUGCCCUGCCCCACCCCACUCCCAAUAAACGCUUUGGUGUAC